AUGAGUGGGAAGACGUUAAAAUGUGUCGUCGUUGGAGACGGUGCUGUAGGGAAAACGUGCCUGUUAAUAUCGUAUACGACUAACAAAUUCCCAUCGGAGUAUGUGCCAACAGUAUUUGACAAUUAUGCCGUCACCGUAAUGAUUGGCGGUGACCCUAUGUGGUACGGGGAACUUCAGCAUCACUGCCCAAACGUCCCAAUUCUGCUAGUUGGAACUCAAAUCGAUUUACGCGACGACCCAGUCACUAUCGAAAAGUUGGCGAAAAAUAAGCAAAAACCAAUCCAACCCUCAGCAGGAGAAAAACUAGCUCGGGACAUCGGUGCAUGUAAAUAUGUGGAGUGUUCAGCACUAACUCAGAGAGGCCUAAAGAACGUUUUUGACGAAGCAAUACUAUCGGCUCUCCAACCCAACAACAAAAAGAAGAAAUCCCCUUGUGAUUUACUUUGA